AUGCUACGUUUUGUUGAUCGUAUGGCGACCGUCACAACUCGAAACCUCAUUUUAAAUGAUAAAGUAAGAGCCUUUAGUUCUUCUAAAGUCAAAUCUUUGGUUGAAAAUCAUUUUGAUUUAAAUUUUCGAAUACACGGACCAACUGGCGAAGAGGUGACAAAAGGUCUAGAUUUAAAAGAUAAAACAUGUUUGAUAACUGGAGCGAACAGCGGCGUCGGUUUAGAAAUGACGAAAUGUUUAAAUUUAUGCGGAUGCACUGUCCUCAUGGCGUGCCGGAACACGUAUGCUGCAAGCGUCGUCGCUAAAAAUACAUGCCUCAAACCUGAUAGUCUACGACUUUACGAAUUAAAUCUUGCUUCACUUAGAUCUGUGCGAAAAUGCUCUGAUGAUCUUUUAAAUAAAGAAAAAAAAAUUGAUAUUGUUAUCCUGAAUGCUGGAAUUUUCGGCUUACCUUGGACACAGACUGUGGAUAAAUUGGAAAUAACGUUUCAAGUCAACUAUCUGAGCCAAUAUUAUCUGCUCAUGAAUAUCGAAGAUAUUCUUGCCGAUAAUGCAAGAGUCGUAAUAAUAUCGUCAGAAUCUCACAGAUACGUAACGUGGCCGUUUAAUGAAAUAUUAACGCCAACUGAGGAAACACUUUCGCUUCCCGAAAAUAAAUAUAGCUCUAUCAAAGCAUAUAAUAUUUCAAAAUUGUGUGGAAUAUUAGCCAUGCAUAAUCUAGGAUAUCGUUGGCUAAACACUAAAAAAACUGUGAUCAGCGCGCAUCCGGGUUCAUUUGUGAAAACAAGAUUGUGUCGUAAUUGGUGGCUUUACGAAGCCAUCUACACCGGGAUGAAACCGUUUACCAAAACUAUAGCUCAAGCUGCCAGUACACCGCUCUACUGCGCUACCUCAUCCGAUUUGAAUGGUUUAUCGGCGAUCUAUUACAAGAAUUGUAAACGUUGUCAAGAGAGCGACCUGGCCAGCAAUCUCCAGUUAUCGUUUCGGAUAAACGAUUUGACCAAAGACAUUAUUCGAGAUAGAGUGACGAUGUCAGAGUUGCCAGUUUCUUUGUCGGACACGCGUCAAAAACACGACGUCGAACACAAUAUCGAAGAUUCACUUCUAACGAACUAUUCAAAUUGA